AUGGCAACCGGUUUGGAAGCCCUUGGGGCUGCUAGUGCUGUUAUUUCAUUGAUCUCGUUCGCUGGGAGCCUUGCUUCUCUCACCAUGAAGAUUUAUGAUGGUAUCCCCACUGCCGAGGAUGAACUGGAGGCUUACGCGACGAGAAUGCUGGAUGCAGCUCAACGUGUCAAGUCCCGACAAGUACCCAGAGGAACGCCAGUAAAUGACAAACUAUCGGAAGUUAGCCAGAAAUGUAUCGACGCAGCUAGAGAGCUGGAAAACGCAACUCGAAAGAUCAGCACUCAAAAGGGCAACAGGCUCAAAGCUUUCUACUCUGCCGUCCGCGCGAAGAAGAAUAGGGCGAAGAUUGGCGAAUUGAAUAAGUCUUUGAACCUGUGCAAGGGAUUGAUGGAAACAGAGAUUCUAUUAAAGAUAUGCGAUCAGGACACUGCGAUAGCACGACAACAGUUCCAAGGAUUCCGAAGUCUAGAGGUUGAUGUCCAGAACCUCAUUCUCAAGAUUGCGGAAGGCUAUACCAGAGUAGAGCAACUGAUCUCCAUCGAGGCCCAAGCCACACGGGAUGCCAUCAACACCCACGUCACAUCCGAGUUCAAGGCUUUGGGCAUCAAGAACAUUUCAGAUAACCAACGUCAACGACUCUUGAAAAGUCUCAAGCCCGAAGAAAUCAGAGAGAGAUAUAACGCCGUCCUACCGUCAUCGGAUGCCUGUUUCGAAAGGGUUUUUGCAUCAUAUGAACGAGUUUGCCGUAACGACACCGGGUACAAAGCCUGGAAAGGUUACGAGCAAGCAUUCGGCGAUGAAAGGGAGAAUGGCAGCGACGAUGACAGCGACGACUACAGAGAUGAGGGUGGCGACGAAGCAAGGGCCAAAGAGGAAGUCGACGAGAUUGAUCUGAUAUGGGAGUGUUUUAGCACCUGGCUGCAGUCGGACAAUAAGCUCUUCUGGAUUCGAGGAAAGCCAGGAUCUGGGAAAAGCACAUUGAUCAAAUUCGUUAUCGACAACGAGAACACAAAGCGUUUACUUCGCUCUUGGCACCCAAAUACUAGAAUUCUGUCGCAUUUCUUCUGGAAGAUCGGCAGUGAACCUCAGAACAGCAUCAGAGGUAUGCUGUGUUCCUUGCUUUACAACCUCCUAUCAGAAGAUCAGGAUGCCAUCGAUAAAGUAUUGAGGAAUUUCAAAUACUCCGAAUCGAAAGACUUUUACAAAGAGUGGUCAUCUCCAGAAGCAGAGAAAGUCCUCUGGUCCCUUCUAGAUGUUUCAGCUCACCCAACCUGCAUUUUCGUCGAUGGCCUUGACGAAAUAUCAGACAAGGACGGUUAUCAGGCCCUUGUUAGUGCUGUUCAAAGACUUACAACAUGUCGAGGAGUCAAGGUCUGUGUAUCAAGCCGACCCGAGACAGAGUUGGUCAAAAAGCUCGAAAGUAUUGGAGCACAGAACUUACGAUUAGAAGACCUCACCAAACCUGAGAUGGUCGUAUAUAUACGCCAGGAAUUUGAAAGAUUGCCACAAAGUCGGUUAGCCGAUUUGCUCCUCAUGGGUUAUACAAGCAGACUUUUGCAUAAAGCGCAAGGGGUUUUCCUCUGGCUUGCUCUUGCUACGAAAAGUGUCAUCAAUGGAAUUAUGAAUGGCGAUGACCAGGAAACCCUUUCCCAAAGACUCGAGGAACUUCCAGAAGAGCUUGAGUCCCUUUAUCAAACAAUGUGGGAGAGGCUGAAUGGGGAUAAUCGAGUUUACCGAGAGACCGCAGCGCGAUAUUUUCGCUUUGCCAUAUCCGACGGUUGGGCAACGACUCUAAGGAUGGUAUCGGUCGAAUUCGCGAACUACUCAGAUGAGCCCAAUUUAGUCCAACUAGCACUCGCAGUAAAGGCCGAAAACCGGUCAAUCUUUCCACCUAAGGCCAAUGAUAUGGAUCUCUUCGAGCUGAAUGAUCUGUGUGCUGCGACAGAAAGAGAUAUCCAGAUCCGAUGCGCUGGUAUGCUACAAGUUGGUCAACGCUCUACUCUUCGCAUCAAGGGGUUCCCCGAUGCGAUGAUCCCACUGAUGCGACCCGUCCAAUUUAUUCACCGAACAGUUCACGACUUCCUAGUUGAUACAGAGAAUGGUCAAUCGAUUUUGAACUACAGGUCGAAUGAGGCAACAUUGGUCGACGAAGGCCUCAAACUCCUUAUAUGCCGGCUCAAUCUAGCCAACACGUACUACCGCGAGGUCGGGGUUGUAUCAGGUUGCCAUGAAGCUCUUGAUGACUGCAAUCGAUUGUAUUUCAUGGGAGUGAAUCCAGAUGCUAUAUUGAAGUUACUUGGAGUAAUUAAAGACCUUUAUGAGAAAGGUGCUUUGGAGGGCUACAUUAGGGUGAGGGGGCCUCCCCGGACCUUUCCAUGUAUCACAGUAUAUUAUCUGAAGAUCUUCGACGAUUUUAUCAUUGCUUCUUUUAUGCCGAAUCCCUCACCGGAGCUUGCUACCAGCCGCCUUCACGAACUGGCACUUGCAAGUGAAUACAUGGGAAAUUCCGAAAUAUCAGUCAGGAUAAUCCGAGGCCUCGUUGAACUUGGUGGAGAGGUACAUGCUUUCAAGAGGUCAAAUUUGUCAUUUGAGCUUCCGGGACAUGAAAUGACUAUAGCCCAACACACCACAGCCUUCGAGUCACUUCUUCGUGGUGCAUUAGAUUCGUCCCAUUGGGGCAACCGUCACAACGCGAGAAGCUCGUUUGUUGGUGUGAUGGAAUGUCUGGUACAGACCUGCCCGGACUUGCACAGAAAAGUUAUCUUAUUUCUUGGAAAUCUUGGUUUCUUAGUCUCUUAUCAACUUCGUGAGGAGCAAUUAUGGCUCGCGUUGGAGGUCGAUCUGCAGUUUCUCAUGAGCCGGCUACUGGCCAGCGCCGACUUGGAGAAUAUCCCAAUUGAGUUUAGUACUAAAAUCCGCGAACUCGCAGCUUCUUUCACCAAGCCUCAUGCACGUUUUCGACAUAUUGUGCGUCGUCGAGGAGAAGACCCCCGGACUUAUUGUUAUCGAAUCCUCGACCAGGAACCAUUCCUGGACAUCAUUGAUAGCCUUGGGAAUACUGUAGUGUACCAAAUAGCGGUUGAAGCCUUUGAAGACGUCCUGGACGCCAAUAACAGUCCUAUAGAUAGCUCUAUCCAUUCAGCCAAGUGCACCAUGGGCUCUACGUGGGCAGUUCUUUUCCUGCCUCUUCUCUCAUCUGGCAUAGAGAUCGUCCCUCGGCAUGAUGGAGAAGACCACGGUGACAGCGGCACAGCCCACAACCACUCAAUGGCCCACGUCCAAUUCAACUUCACGCCCUCCGGCAUCCCCUGGCCGACCUGUGCGAGGACCUGCUGCAACGCCAACUUCGAUCACUUCCCCAAGCCUGUGAAUCAUCCUCUAUGCAUCAGUCAGCUCUUUUACGACAACGUCACCACCUGCCUCGCUUCCAACUGCACUGAGUACGAACAGGGCGCCUACGCUGUCGUUGCCGAGAUUGAGUGCCCCAAGGACGAGGGUUACGAGGUCGACAUUGAUAAGGAUGCCGUGGUGGCUGACCUGAAAGACGCGGGAGGAACUCCACAAUCUUGUGAGGGUAUCAACAACGAGACCAUUCAGUGUCAGAAUGGCACAUCAGAGAAUGCUGGAGUGAAGAUAGUUGGAGAAGUUGGAUUGGUGUUUUCGGCUGCCACUAUUGCUAGCCUUGUCGCCGUUAUGGCUUUGAGCCUGUAA